ACUUCCGGAAUCUCCGGAAGCAGCCUGUUGCCACGGCGACUGUGUACACAGCCCGGCAGCCGAGCUUGCCGGGUUUCUUCUGUAGCUGCUAAUGCAGUGGUCGGGCUGCGGAAGGGCUCCAGCCUCCGGAGCGUUGUGACCGAAGAUGGACCCACAUAUGGAGAUUCCGCCACCCUCUGACUUCCAGUCAUGACCAUCACCACCAAUCACCAUUUCUUAAGCACCUACUCUGUGCUGGGCACUGUUCCGGACUUUGAGGGGGGACUCAAAAGAAAUAAAAGGCACAGUCCUGUCCCUCAAACAGCUUGUAACUUAAUUUGGGAUCUGAAACCCACUCAAAUGAUGUGGCGUAAGAACGGUAACAAGGAUUAUUUCACUAGAAUGGGUACUAGGAAAAAAGUUCAUGCGUUUGUCCGUGUCAAACCUACUGAUGACUUUGCUCAUGAAAUGAUCAAAUAUGGAGAUGACAACAAAACCAUUAAUAUUCACUUAAAAAAAGAUACUCGGAGAGGAGUUGUCAAUAACCAGCAGACAGACUGGUCAUUCAAGCUGGAUGGAGUUCUCCAUGAUGCCUCCCAGGACUUGGUUUAUGAGACAGUCGCAAAGGAUGUGGUUUCUCAAGCCCUCAAUGGCUAUAAUGGCACCAUCAUGUGUUAUGGGCAGACGGGAGCUGGCAAGACAUACACCAUGACGGGGGCAACUGAGAAUUACAAGCACCGGGGGAUCCUCCCUCGUGCCCUACAACAGGUUUUUAAGAUGAUCGAAGAACGCCCCACACAGGCCAUCACUGUGCGUGUUUCCUACCUGGAAAUCUAUAAUGAGAGCCUGUUUGAUCUCCUGUCCACUCUGCCUUACGUUGGACCCUCGGUCACACCUAUGACCAUUGUGGAAAGUCCUCAGGGGGUCUUCAUUAAGGGCUUGUCAGUCCACCUCACAAGUCAGGAGGAGGAUGCGUUCAGCCUCCUUUUUGAGGGAGAGACCAACAGGAUUAUAGCCUCCCACACAAUGAACAAGAACUCAUCUAGGUCACACUGCAUUUUCACAAUCUACGUGGAGGCCCAUUCGCGGACCUUAUCAGACGCAAAGUACAUCACUUCCAAAAUUAACUUGGUGGAUCUAGCAGGCUCGGAGAGGCUGGGGAAGUCUAGGUCUGAGGGCCGAGUCCUGAAGGAAGCCACCUACAUCAACAAGUCGCUGUCAUUCCUGGAGCAGGCCAUCAUUGCCCUCGGGGACCAGAAGCGAGACCACAUCCCCUUCCGGCAGUGCAAGCUCACCCACGCCCUGAAGGAUUCCUUGGGGGGAAAUUGCAAUAUGAUCCUUGUGACAAACAUCUACGGAGAAGCCUCCCAGUUAGAAGAGACGCUGUCUUCACUGCGGUUUGCCAGCAGGAUGAAGCUGGUCAUCACUGAGCCUGCCAUCAACGAAAAGUAUGACGCUGAGCGAAUGGUCAAGAACCUGGAGAAGGAGCUGGCACUGCUCAAGCAGGAACUAGCCAUCCAUGACAGCCUGGCCAACCGUACCCUUGUUAACUAUGACCCCAUGGAUGAAAUUCAAAUUGCUGAGAUCAACUCCCAGGUGCGGAGGUACCUGGAGGGAACGCUGGACGAGAUUGAUAUAAUCAACCUCAGACAGAUCCAGGAGGUGUUCAACCAGUUCCGGGUGGUUCUGAGCCAACAGGAACAGGAAGUGGAAUCCACUUUGCGCAGGAAGUACACCCUCAUAGACAAGAAUGACUUCGAAGCCAUCUCUGCUGUCCAGAAGGCAGGGCUCGUGGAUGACGACGGCCACCUAGUGGGCGAGCCUGACGGACAAGGCUUCGGACUCGGAGUCGCCCCUUUCUCUACCAGACCCGGGAAGAAAUCCAAGUCCAAGAAGAUGUUCAAAGAGCAGCUCGGCUCCUUGGCAAGAAAGGAGGGUGCCAGCAGCCCUGUGAGUGGCAAGGAGUUGGAUGCUUCCACCUCCAAGACCCAGUUGACCCCAUCCUCCAAGGAUGGAGAUGUCAAAGACAUGCUUCUGCAGGACCGGGAGACCUCCAGUAUUGAGCCCCUUGCCUCGGAAUCCCCAAAGGAGGAAUUACGCCCACCCAGGCCCAGCACCCCACCCGCCAAGCCUGUGGCCUUUGAGGACUUUAAGAACGAACGGGGUAGUGAGAUCAACCGCAUCUUCAAAGAAAACAAAUCCAUUUUGAACGAGCGGAGGAAAAGGGCCAGCGAGACCACACAGCGCAUCAAUGCCAUCAAGCGGGAGAUCGACAUGACCAAGGAGGCACUAAAUUUCCACAAGUCACUACGAGAGAAGCAAGGCGAGUAUGAGAACAAGGGGCUGAUGAUCAUUGAUGAGGAGGAAUUCCUGCUGAUCUUGAAGCUUAAAGACCUCAAGAAGCAGUACCGGACAGAGUAUCAGGACCUACAGGACCUCAGGGCUGAGAUCCAGUACUGCCAGCGCCUGGUGGAUCAGUGUCGACAUCGCCUGCUCAUGGAAUUUGACAUCUGGUACAAUGAGUCCUUCUUUGUCCCUGAGGACCUGCAGGCAGCACUGAAGCCAGGUGGCAGCAUCCGGCCAGGCAUGAUGCCUCUCAGCAGGAUUGUGUCUCUGGGAGAAGAUGACCAGGACAGGUUCAGCCGGCUGCAGCAGACGAUGCUGCCAGAGGGCCCUGAUUCUGUCUCCUUCUACAAUGCCAAAGUCAAGACAGAACAGAAGCACAAUUAUUUGAAAACCAUGAUGGGCCUCCAGCAGACACAUAGAAAAUAGGGACUCACUGACAGUGCGUUGAAGGACGAAACCCCCAGCUACUCCUGCCUAUUCUAGAGGCACUGCCAAAGCACCUGCCCAGACUCCAAUCCCUCUGCUCCAAGGCUGGGCGCAGCCCAGAGAACACACAAUGGCCUACCUGCCAGGAGGAACAGCCUUCAAAGGACACCUUCGAAUAUCUUCACAGAACACUUUUGGUUUCGAUUCACUGUCUUAUAUGCAGGGACAGGAUAAAAUAACUUUCUAGUUCGGCUUU